UCCCGGCAGGCUGCGAAGAAACGAAGGGGGGGGGCUGCCUCCUCCUCCUCCUCCACACCUCCCGCCCCUUCCACGGUCUCGCCUCGCCGCCGGCGUUGCUGUUCUCCGCCCGGCCAAAGGAACAAGCCUUACGUGGCCCCGGCGGAGUCCGGGAAGGGACGGGCGAAGGAGGGCGGGAGAGGGAAGAGGCACCGCGGGCCUCGCCGCCGCCAUGGAGACUCGCUACAACCUCAAAAGCCCCGCUGUAAAACGUUUAAUGAAAGAAGCUGCAGAACUGAAGGAUCCAACAGACCAUUAUCAUGCACAGCCCUUAGAGGACAAUCUUUUUGAGUGGCAUUUCACUGUCAGAGGUCCUCCAGAUUCAGAUUUUGAUGGUGGAGUUUAUCAUGGAAGAAUAGUACUACCACCAGAGUAUCCUAUGAAACCACCAAGUAUUAUUCUCUUAACGGCCAAUGGCAGGUUUGAAGUGGGAAAGAAAAUUUGUUUAAGCAUCUCAGGGCAUCAUCCUGAAACAUGGCAACCAUCAUGGAGCAUAAGAACUGCACUGCUUGCUAUUAUUGGAUUUAUGCCAACGAAAGGGGAGGGAGCCAUAGGGUCUCUAGACUAUACCCCUGAGGAAAGAAGAGCACUUGCUAAGAAAUCUCAGGAUUUCUAUUGUGAAGGAUGUGGAUCACUUAUGAAGGAAGCCCUCUUACCAUUAACAUCUGGAAGUGCUUCAAGCCAAGCUGACAAAGAGGCUAAGGAACUUGCCAGGCAAAUUAGUUUCAAGGCUGAAGUUAACUCAUCUAGGAAAUCUGUUGCUGAACCUGCAGACUUAUCAGGAUUUAACCACUUGCCCAGUUCACCUGAACACCAACAAGAAAGUACAACUCCAGUAUUUCAGGACACCACCCCCAAUGAAGUGUCUGAAAAUCAGACCAAUUCAGCCACCUCAAGUCAAGAACAACAUAACCAGCCUGCAUCAAAUAAUACUUCUAUGAGCCCUCGCCAGCGGCGUGCACAGCAGAGAAGGGUGCCGACUUCAACCAACUUCAAUCAGGUUCAGCAGCCAAGGGUCAACACAAACCACAUGGGCUCAAAUGCGCUGAUUCUCCUCCUUGUUUUAGCACUUGCAGCUCUUAUAUUUAGGCGUAUAUAUCUAGCCAAUGAGUAUAUAUUUGAAUUAUGAGUUUUGGUCAUUUUAAAAAACUGUGACUUGAAUUCUUUAUUAAAAUGUUCUAUGUUGGAUAUGUCAUGAGGAUUGUUUACAUGAAAUUACUUUUUGUAUUUACUCACUUUACGUUUGAAUUUAAUGUACCAUGAGGUACAUUAAUAUCUGCAAGAAAAGCACACCUUGAUAUUGGUGUGAACAUGACAUGGGACUAUUAAUGAUUAAUACAAACUGAGCAUAUAACCCGAGAAAUGAUGUACAGGAUAUAUAUCUGCAUUAGCAGGA